AUGUCGCACCCACAGAAUACCUAUGGCGGACCUCCGCAACCCCCCUAUAACAGCGCUGGGUACGCUCAGCCUGGCUCCCAUCAACAGCAUCAACAGGCCCCUUAUUAUCCCCCACAACAGCCCGGUGGAUAUCCACCCCAAGGAGCUCCCCCGCACCAAUAUCCGGCCCCUGGUCAGUACCAACAGCAGCCAUAUGGUGCCCCUCCGCCCCAACAACAAUGGCCGGGCCAUCCACCACCGCAACAAUAUCCUCAAGGAGGCCAUCCACCACCGCAGCAGUAUCCGCCUCAGGGAGCAUAUCCACAGAAUCAACACCCUCCACCAGGCCAUUACCCCCCACAGGGACAAUAUCCUCCACAUGGCCAAUACCCCCCACCGGGCCAAGGCCAAUAUCCUCCCCAGGGAGGUUACCCGCCGCAAGGCCAACCCGGCUAUCCACCCCCUCAACCAAUGCCCACCCCACCGUCCCUAGGCUACGACCCCAACCAACGUGCCCCCGGCAACGCAACCCGCGAAGCCGAAGCCCUCCGUAAAGCAAUGAAAGGCUUCGGCACGGACGAAAAAGCCCUCAUCAACAUCCUGACCAAGCCCGACCCCCUGCAAAUGGCCCUCAUCAGACACACCUACACCGAUCGCAUCGGGCGCAACCUCGAAAAAGACCUCAAGUCCGAACUCUCAGGAAACCUGGAAGAUGUCCUCCUCGCCUUAGCCAGGGGCCCGCUCGAGCAGGACGUGACUUUCGCGCGCGAUGCGCUGUCGGGAAUCGGGACGAACGAAAAGGCCCUCAACGACGUGCUGGUCGGCCGGUCGAAUGCCGACCUGCGCGCGAUCAAGUACGCGUACGUCGGCAAGUACCAGAAGUCGCUGGUCGAUGAUAUCAAGAGCGAUUUGUCCGGCAAGACGGAACAAUUCUUUGUCAUGUUGCUCAAUGCCACGAGACCGGAGCCGGGGACAUAUUUCGAUGCCCAGUCUGUUGACGCUGAUGUCCGUGAGAUCCACCAGGCGACGCAGGCGCGCAAGGGGACAGACGAGACUGGUGUCUCGGCGGUGUUCCUGGGUGCGUCGGAUGCGAAGCUUGUUGCCAUUGCGCAGGCGUUCGAGACCAGGUAUCAUACCAGUCUGGCAAAGGUGAUUAAGGAUGAGUUCUCGGGCCAUCUGGAGGAUGCGUUGCUGUCUAUGCUGUCCAAGGCAAAGGAUCCUGUUGGUCAUGACGCGGAGAAGAUCCUGGAGUGUUUGCCUGCUGGUGGAAAUGCGAACCUCAAGCGGUUGAUCUACUGGGUUGUUCAUCUGCAUUGGAACCCGCCUCAUUUUGCUGCAGUCAAGGCGCGACUGAAGCAGAAGCUGGGCCACGAUAUCGGCAAUCAGUGGAGAGGAGCCAUUUCUCCAGGAGAUUUUCAUGAGGCUAUGCGCCAGCUGUGGAAUUCAGCAUGA